AAAUCAAAAUGAACAAAUCGUUAGUUUCAAAGCUCCUCAAUAUUCUGGACGACAACGAUACGGAAAAAUAAGGGACAAUGGUGGAGUUGAAAAAUGGACAGAGGAGUUCAUGGUCGACAUGGAGAGGAAUGGACUAGGCAUUCCAGUAGAGCCAAUAACCCUCCUUUUUGAGGAUCUAGCAUUCAUGAGGUACGAAGAAGACAUGAAAGAAGGCAUUUCAAUUUUCAGCAACAUCACAGGUUACGCUAGGCCUAGGAACAUGCUUGCUUUGAUGGGUGGUUCGAAAGGAAGUAAAUCUACUCUUCUGAAAUGCCUAGCUGGGAAGGCACCUUCAAUGGGCAGCCUCAAGGGCAGCCUCCAGGCAAAAUGUAGGGACAAGGGGCCUCCCUAUUCUAGACUUACUGGUUAUGUAGAGAAGCUCGAUGCACACCAACCUUAUCUCUCAGUGCGUGAGACCCUUCAUUUCAGUGCUGCACUACGUCUCAGUCAAACAAUCAGUUCUGUGAAUCGUCGCAUCCAUGUGGAGCUAGUCCUUGACCAACUUGAUCUAUUGCCUUACUCAAAUCAACUAGUUGGUUCCCUUCAAGAUGCUGCUGGAAAAACAUUUGAGAUAGCCAAAAAGAUAACCAUUGCUGUUGAACUCGCUGCUAAUCCAAGUAUUCUCUUUCUCGAAGAACCUGUAUCAGGACUGGACAGCAGAGGUACCUCAAGUAUUCUCAAUAUUCUUUCUCAAGUUUCCAAUCCAGGGCAUGUUAUCAUCGCCACUUUAGCACACCCUAAUGCUCGCACACUUGAUUUCUUCGACUUGGCCCUAAUUUUGACACGUGAAGGGCAGCAAGGAUACUUUGGCCCAAUAGGACCCGACUGCAGUGACCUGCUCUAUUAUUUCUUAUCAGUUCCAGAAGUUCCCCGCUAUUCCAUAAGAGUGAGUCCAGUUGGUUAUGUCAUGGCGACUCUCGGAUUAGGCAUAAAAAAGAGAGCAACACCAACGAUAAACUUUGCGGAGGCCUACCAAGCUAGUUCCCUGCAUGAAAUGAACAACAGAGAAAUCUACAGUAUUAAGAGUUUAACUGAGGAUAGGAAUUACAAGGUUUCCUCUUCUGUUUAUCCUGCUCCAUACACACUGCAAGCCAUGAUGGUACUACUCAGAACUCAAAGAUUCCUGUGGAGAAAUGUACAGUACACAUAUGGUAGACUUACUGGGUGCAUCAUGAUCGGUCUUCUCAUGGGUUCCCUAUAUUGGAAGAUUGAAUAUGAGGAUGUAUAUGGCCUGACUUCGCGCUCCCUCUAUAUAUAUAUGCAAGUAAUUCUCAUAGGAGUCAUAUCAGCAAAUAAUGUCAUUCCUCAGAUUGGCACAGACAGGUUAGUGUACUUUAGAGAGAAGAGAGCAGGGAUGUACCAUCCAAUCUUUUAUCCUCUGUCAUGGGCACUGGGAGAAAUUCCAUACUUCUUCAUUGCAACACUUGCAGUAGUAGGAAUUGGGAAUGUUAUGGCAGGAAUUGGAACCGGUUCCAUCAAUGAGUUCAUGAUGUACUGGACUGUGCUCUUUGUGUUCACAAUUUGCAUGACAUACUUUGGAAUGAUGAUUACUUUCCUAGCCCCAGUGCCUACGCUAGCUGCAUUUGCUGUGUCGAUUGUGACAUCACUGUGGGUUUCAGCUUCUGGAGUAGUCGUCGUGCUAUCAGACAUAAGGUUCUACCGGUGGAUGUAUUGGAGCAACCCUUUCCAACAUGCUAUGAAUGUGAUGACUUCAAUCAGUUUCUACUGCAAUGCUGAGGAGUGUGUAUCAGACUGCAGUUGCCCAAAAUUAAUAGACGGUUCUUAUGCGUGGGAUAGGUUGGCCUCGGUGAGGAGUUUGAGCUAUGAGAGGAUAGGAACCGACAUGCUCAUCUUGUCCGCAAUGUCCCUCUUAUUUGCUUGUCUGGCUUUUCUCUUCUUUGUUGUUCUAAAGCACAACUCGCCCCCUCAAAUGUAGCUACGGUUUCUGCAUAUCCUCUGGACAUCAUACGGGUGUGUGUGAAGUGUGUGGCUGGGGACAGAUGUAA